UGCCACUGUAGAAUUUUUCAUGCCCAAGCCCCGUCACUGUAAAGCCCGUCAUUUAAUACUUCACGUCUUGAAUGUAACACGGCGCGAUAGCAUCCGAACUUCUGAGAUUCCGAGCUUCCGAUAUGGAACCUGUAAACGUGUUCGACUUUUUGGUCGAGGACACGCCAGAUCAGAAGGAUGUCGAUUUGCAACGUAUCACCCGGCUCAUAAAACCAAAGGGUCCUUUCCUCGGAUGGCGCGCCAAAGUACCAAUUUCGGAAAGAGUCUCAACGGUAUAUCAAAUCUAUUCCCAACCGAAUAUUAACACUAUUGAAUCUGCAUUGUCCAUCGAAAGAACAGCGUUCCUUCAAGCCGAACGGAAGAAGGACUACGAUAAAUCUAUCAAGGGAGGACCCGCCAAUAUCCAAGAAACUCGAACCCAAAAUAAGGGCCAUUCGGAUCGAAGGGAGCCUUGGGGACGGGCAGAGGGUGAUGGCACGCCAGCAAUAGUCCGUCGUACACUUAACCCACGAACAAAAUCACCGAGGCCUAUUCUGAGCCCUGACUUGGCAGGGACAGACCUGGAAGAGGGCGCUGAAACUGUCCUCCAAAGAAAACCUCUGUCUCCUUGGGUGGUCGAAAAAAGAGAUACCACUGUGAAGCAAGAAAAAAAACGUUGGUCAAAAUCCGCCACAACGAAAGCGAUUGGUAGCUCCAAUUCCCGAUCUCCCCUUACCUUCGACAUACAGGAAGCCUUAGAUGACUAUGAGUCAGAGAUUAGAUCUAAAUCAGAUCCUUACAGUGAGAGGAAUAAUAGUGGCACACCAUCUCGUCGUCAGAACCAUCGCGAUACGAGGAUUACCGUAAAGGUUCUAAAGACUACUUCGCAUGAAGCAUCAGCCAAGCCGGCCAUUCCUUCAACAAACGAACCAACGUCCUUCUUAUUGUCCGUCAAAAGAACAAUAUCUGAAGACUGCACCCAAGUCCAUGGAACCGAGCCCCCACUGAAGCUUCACUGCCUUGAGGUAGAAUCCAGGCGACGAACAGCGCUGCGGCUUGACCAUCUCAAAAGGGUUUCUUCAACUUCUAACCUUCUGACGAGGAACGGCACAAGGGAACUAGAUGGACCGAAAACCCUAUAUCUGUAACCCGGGUGUGUCCUCUUAUUAUAUGCACGAAACGUCGCCUCUUACGAUUAUCUGUCUAUGCAUCUUCGCAGUUAUUCCUAACAAAUCGUUAUGUCGAGGACAUAGUUAUUUUUUCGUUGGAAUUCUAUCGCUACUAGAUUUCCUGAUCAUAUCAACUUCGAUAUUUGGCGGGGAAAGGAUCCGCUGGGUCAACCAUCGUCGAUGGCGAAGAAAACCGCUACCUUCUCGACAAGGUUUGCAAUGCGCUAAUACCACUACGGUGCUCCACUGGAAUGCAGAUGUAUUGGGUGUGAACUUUCUCGAAUUCAAACCGAGCGUUUUCCCACGCUUGACCUUGACAACAGAGAGCGGCCUAUAACGCUAGGUGAGAAACGGGAGAAGAGGUUC